AUGGAACAAACUCUCUCCCUUGAAAUUGAGCAUGACUUUGUUCAAAAUAGUGAAAGAGUGAAAUCUGUUGAUAUGCAUCCAACUGAGCCAUGGGUUCUAGUGGGUUUAUAUUCAGGAACCAUUUCUAUAUGGAACUACCAAACAAAGGUUGAAGAGAAGUCACUCAAAAUUAGUGAAUUACCAGUGAGAUCUGCAAAGUUUAUUGUUCGGGAAAAUUGGGUUAUCGCAGCGACCGACGACAAAUAUAUUCGUGUCUAUAAUUAUGAAAAAAUGGAAAAGAUAAUUGAAUUUGAAGGACAUAAAGAUUAUAUUAGGAGUUUGGAUGUUCAUCCUUUUCUGCCAUAUGUGGUGUCUGCUUCUGAUGAUCAAGUUUUGAAAUUGUGGAAUUGGAAAAAAGGUUGGUCAUGUGAUGAGACUUUUGAAGGACACUCGCAUUAUGUGAUGCAAGUGGCGUUUAACCCUAAGGAUCCAUCUACAUUUGCUAGUGCAUCCCUCGAUGGCACCCUAAAGAUAUGGACCAUUAAUUCUUCAACUCCAAAUUUCACUUUUGAAGGACAUUCGAAAGGAGUAAAUUGUGUUGAUUAUUUUAAGAGUAAUGAAAAACAAUAUCUUUUAAGUGGUUCUGAUGAUUACACUGCCAAGAUAUGGGAUUAUGAUUCUAAAGCAUGCAUAAAAACACUUGAAGGGCACAAGAAUAAUGUUGCAACAAUAUGUGCUCACCCUGAAAUUCCUAUAAUAUUUACAGCUUCAGAAGAUUCUACUGUUAAAAUAUGGGAUGUAGUCUCAUAUAGGCUUGAAACCUCAUUGGAGUUUGGUCUUGAGAGAGUAUGGAGUAUUGGAUAUAAAAAAGGAUCAUCUAAGAUUGCUUUUGGUUGUGACAAAGGAUUUAUCAUUGUUGCUGUGAACCUUGCAAGUAGUCAAGUGAAACAAAAUUAA